AUGAAGGUCCGUGUCCAACUCUUUAUCAAAUUCCAUGUGAAUACAGAGUACAGAGUACUCCGUACGGAGUACAUAUUCAAGAUUUCACAACUAAAGGUAAUGGACUGUUACAAGUACAAUCAGAUUCUCUGUUCCUCGCAGAAAUUACUUGACGUCCUACUAAAGAUCAUAAGCAACAAAAGUUCCCACCCUGCAGUAGCGGGUGCACAACUGGUUAGUACCUCGGCCGUUCAGAUGCUUCACCGUAACCUAAAAUUGCCUCCAAACUGUUUGGGCCUUCGGCGAUAUCUCGGCGUAUGGCGGCAAACCAGGGUGAAUAGGAAACAAAAUUCGGAUUAA